AUGGGCAACCCCACUCCCGCUCCCACCCCCCGCGCCCCGGACGCCCCAACAACACACUUCCACUCCCUCCUCACCCACAUCACCUACAGCACACAAUCGCUCACCACACUGCACAAACAGACGCAAUCCGAGCUCUCCCUUCUCGCCGCCUACUUUUCCUCCGCCAACAGCACCCUCGCAGCGCUCAAACCGCUCGCGCACCCGUCGAACCCCAACGCCGUAUCGCGCGCUGCCGCCGUGGAGGCGCGGCGGAAGAAGUGGGCCGAGAUGGAGGCCAUGGAGGAGUGGAAGCGCAAGGUGGAGGCCGUGGCCGAGAAUGUACGGCGGCGCGAGGAGGUGGAGGGACGGCUGAGGGGCAUGUUGAGGGAGAUUGGGGAGGUGAUGGUGGAGAGGGAGGUUGAAGGGGAUUGGGGAGGGGGUUGA